GCCGUGACUCAUUUCAACCCACUUUCUUCAAUUUCCGACAAUGCCGACGCGGCCACACUUCGUCGAACGCAUCGCCGUCGGCCGGUACCAAGAUGAGGUGCAACAUCCCGGCGCCAUCAAGGCGUUUGUUGCAGAGUUCAUAAGCACCCUCAUCUUCGUGUUCGCCGGACAAGGCUCCGGAAUGGCGUUCACCAAGCUCACCGAUGGUGCUGCAAACACUCCGGCUGGAUUGGUGGCGGCCGCUCUAGCCCAUGCUUUUGGGUUGUUUGUGGCUGUGUCAAUCGCAGCUAAUAUCUCCGGUGGCCAUGUCAACCCCGCCGUGACUUUCGGUGCUUUCGUCGGCGGUAACAUCACUUUGCUCCGUGGCAUUUUCUACAUAAUUGCCCAGCUUCUUGGGUCGGUGGUAGCUUGCUUGCUCCUCCUGUUCUCCACCGGCGGUUUGACAACAGCCGGUUUUGCGUUGGCUGCAGAGGUGUCGGUAUGGAAUGCGUUUGUGUUCGAGAUCGUGAUGACUUUCGGGCUAGUGUACACCGUUUACGCCACGGCGGUGGACCCAAAGAAGGGAGACAUUGGCACAAUAGCACCCAUUGCAAUUGGUUUCAUCGUUGGUGCUAACAUUUUAGCCGGUGGUGCAUUCACGGGUGCAUCAAUGAACCCGGCAGUGGCAUUUGGUCCGGCCGUUGUUAGCUGGGACUGGACCAACCACUGGGUUUAUUGGGCAGGACCCAUCAUUGGUGGUGGUUUUGCUGGGCUCAUCUAUGAGCUCAUAUUUAUUGGUCGUUCUCAUGAGCCACUGGCUGGAUCUGAGUUUUAGUUCCGAUCAAAUAGUCGGAUUUUUAUUUAACUGAUGUCCACGAUGUAAUGUAUGUAUUGUUUGAAUCUAGUUAUUUCCUUUUCGAGAUUCAAUGGUUCAGAUAUUGACAAUGUAGAAAUAUUUUGAAUUC